AUGCCCAAGGUUUGCGUAAUUGGCUCCGGACUUUCUGGCAUCACCACACUCAAAGAAUGUCUCGCGGAGGGAUUUGAGGUGCAAUGCUUCGAGGCCCGCCCCGAGAUUGGCGGGCAGUGGGCUCACCAGCCAGACGUUUCGCCCUCCGACUCUCCCGAGAGCGUGCAGUCAUCCAUCUACGAUGGCGUCGUGCUCAACUCGUGCCGGGAUACCUCGGCCGUGACUGACUUCCCACUGGACCCAGCGAGGUACGGCGAUUACUUCGGGCACAGGCAGCAGCUGAAGUACAUGUGCGAGUACGCUGAGCAUUUCGGGCUGAAGAAGCAUAUACGGCUGAGUACACGUGUGCUGGCUUCUGAGCCUAGAGAGGAUGGCUCGUGGACUGUACGUAUUCAGGAGAAGGGCAAGGACGGGGUGGAAGAGCUCAUUUUCGAUGCGGUCUUUGUCUGCGUUGGACAUUUGUCCACGCCUUCCAUCCCGGAAUUCAAGGGGCGCGACGACUUCCAGGGGCAAUUCAUGCACAGUCACUUCUACCGUCGGCCCGGCCCUUUCGAUCGCAAGAAGGUUGCGAUAAUAGGGUUCGGCAGCUCCGCCGUCGACAUUGCCUGCGAGGUGGCACCUGGCGCAGAGGAAGUGCAUGUCAUCACACGACGGGGCGGGUGGGUUCUUCCGCGCUAUGUGUUGGGCAAGCCGUGUGAAGCAUUUGACAAUCGUGCGACCCAGGUCUGGAUGCCAACAGGGCCAGCACAAUGGCUGCAGACGAAGCUUCUGCAAAUUGUUGAAGGGAAACAGCCAGAGAUCAUGAGACCAUCACACAAGCUCCUCGAGCAGAGCCCAACCGUCCGCGGUGACUUCGUCGAGAAGGUCCGGACGCAAAGGAUCGACAUCCACAGAGGAAGCGUGGAGAGUCUGAACAAAGAAGGUCUUGUCAUCUCCACCGUGAAGGGCGAGGAAGCAUUCACCGAGGAGCUCAAGGUGGACGCCAUCAUCGCUUGCACGGGUUACAACCAGUUCGACUACCCAUUUCUACCCAGCGAUGUGCUUCGCUCACCGGAGACGCCUACCAACCGUGUCGACUUGUACAAGUUCAUCGUCUCCCCCCGCUACGACAACCUUUUCGUGAUGGGCCUCGUUGAGCUGGUAGGGCCUGCUGCGCCAACGUUUGAGGCACAAGCGCGUUGGGCGUGCUCGGUGCUCUCCGGACGGAUCGCCCUCCCCACCAAACCCAAGAUGAGGGAAGAGGUGACAAAAUUCCAAGCAUGGCAGGAGAAGAACUUCGUGGGCUCAGAACGCCAUGCCUUGGUUACGCACGCUGUCCCGUACAAUGAUGAGUUGCUGGAGCCACUGGGGGCAGUGCCGUCGUUCGGGAAGUGCUUGGGAAGGGUCGUUACGAGCGGGCAUCCAUGGCGGUCAUUUAAGACGCGAGAUGCGCCGCGUCCAGGUCUGUCGCCGCACCGGGACCGCGUCGGCCUAGGUAUCCCUCCAGGAGGGUUACCGGCAAGCCAGCAGCACUGCACAUCGCAGGCAGUCACUGCCAAAGUCAAAACUGCCAAAUCGCCCAAAAUGUCGAGGCGCGCGCCCAGAGGAGAAUACAUCGAGACCGACACCGGCAACAAGGUAGCUCGCAAAGCUACCCUGGUCGGCACCCAGAACAUCAUGCUCGGCGGCAAGACCGUGAUCCAGCAAGAGGUCAUGAUCAGAGGCGAUCUUGCUCGAACUGCUGUCUCCAGCUCCAGCGGGGGCGCCCCAGCAAACAACACUGCCGUCGCCAUCGGCAGGUACUGCUUCCUCAGCAGGGGCAGCUGCCUGCGACCACCCGGACGAAUGUACAAGGGUAUCUUCACCUACAUGCCCCUCCGCAUGGGCGACCACGUCUUCGUCGGGCAGAGCACCGUCGUCCAGGCCGCCAGCGUCGGCUCCCACGUAUACAUAGGAAACAACGCGGUUGUUGGCGAAUUUGCGAUCAUCAAGGACUACGUGCGCAUCCUCGACGGCUCCGUGGUCCCGCCCAACAUGGUCAUACCGAGCUUCAGCAUCGUCGCGGGCCAGCCUGCUAGGGUCAUCGGCGAGAUCCCCGAGGGCGGCCAGGAGCAGUUCGAGCUCAGGGAGCUCUACAAGACCGUUGGGAACAACCCACAACCGCUACCAACAUGA